AUGCUAAAAGUGACCUCCGCCGGACGAGUAACCAGACUCAACUGCACGUUGCGGGGCCACAAGGACGCAAUUUCCGGAUUGCAGGUGUUUUACGUGCCAUCCUCUUUGGCAGCACGCUCGGAAGAACAUGAAAUACAGCUCCUGAGUCCUACCCUCGUGAGUAGCGAUGAGUCGGGCUGGAUAUACUGGUGGGACCUAACUUCACGAAGGCCGCUUGGUGUUUGGAAAGCUCACGAUGGAAACGUUUUGACUAUCAAGCAACUGGGGCUGACCUGGGAUCGAGGCGCACCGGUAUUCGAUGACGCAUGGUUUGGGAAGUUACUUUCGCAUGGCAAAGACGGAGAACUGAAAAUAUGGGAUAUAUUCGAGUUUUCGCUAGAUGCGACGCAUACAUUUAAACCGGCGAGCGUAUUGAGUCGGCGGAUAUACACAGAAGGCGGACGCGCUGCUCAAUGGCCCACUCCUCCCGUGGCAUUUCAGAUGCCUAUUAAUGUGAUGAAUUUUUCGAACGUGGAUAUCCGAAACGGCAUUCUACUGGCCCCAGGGACCCAAGACUCCGCUAAACUGGACAUCUAUUGCAUAGAUGCUGAGGACAAAGCCCUCAAAAGACUUUGCAAAGCCGUUGACCCUCUGGAAAUUGCAGAGAAAAAUGAUAUGGACCUCAAUGUUCAGGUUCCUCCUGAGAAUUCGAGCAGGGGGCUGGGCAUUGUCAUGAAACUGGUCUGGCUCGGCGACGAAAAAUUCGCGGUUGGUUUUGAAAGCGGCCAUGUGGUCACUUUUGCACUUAAGGACGAUGAAGUCGAUAUCCUAGACUUCGACUCGCAACACUAUCCCAAUCCCAUAUUGGCUCUUCAUUAUGACCACUACAACGACAAACUCAUCAGCACAUCCUCAGCCGACAAAAUUGUGAUCCACUCCCAAGACGAGCACAGAACUUUUAAGCUCAAGCACAAGGGCGUUGCAGACGUUAAGACCAUGGAAAAUAUGGUCGGAAUGGUGACAUGGGAUGGCUAUUCGAGAUUUUACAGUUAUGACAACGACUCCAUCCUGAAAUUUCAGUUCAAGCUUCAUAAAGUGGUGCCGUCCAUAGCGGCUACCAACAGUACCGUUGAUAUUGCCGAAAAUGUGGGGGAUUUGCAACAGCGGGCGUCUGUGCUUGCUUUCAGCCAUAAUCAGGCCUUUUCCCGCUCAACGCUGGUUCAUACGAACGGUAUGGGGAAGAACAUUGUCCGCAGGAGGGACGAGAUGAAUCUGGUGAGCAAAUUUCUGUUCAUCGGCUAUAAGGAUGGGAGGAUAGCUAUAUACACGAUUAAUGAGUGA